CGGAAUUAAGAUCUUAUCCGACCCAAAUGUCAACCUCACCUGCCCGCGCCGGUGGUUCGUACGAAUAGCCGGCGGCGGUGACUCUAGCAGUCAUCGUGGUGCUCCCUGCUGGAUAACUGACGAGGCAAUGGCGACCGAGUUUCCGGCGGUAUAACUGGACGGCACUUAACGUGGGCUUAAAACACCUGCGUCUAGGAUUAAACCAUCGUAUCCACGGGUUUUCCGAUCGUAAACCGGUCGGUUUUGGUGCGUCAGAUGGCAAUCGGCACCGGGCUAAUAAACCUAACCUACAGCCACUUCCCUAGAAAGAAAAAUGAAAAGGCAAGGGUCUGUGCUAAGUCCGUAUCUCUUCUGUCUGGUGAUGGAUGCGCUCACUGAACAUGCCCAAACCAAAGCGCCAUGGACAUUUAUUUACGCAGACGAUGUAGCCAUGUGCACAACAUCCCGAGAAGAGUUAGAGGAUGCUCUCGGUGAUUGGAAACGUCAGUUAGAAGCGGGUGGGCUAAUGCUAAGUAUUUCCAAGUCCCAAUACAUGGUGUGUAACAAACCCAACCAACUUGAAGACCCUCUCGUUAUCGAUGGACAACAAGUCACUAGAUGUGACGAAUACAAAUACUUGGGUACCAUGUUACAUGCUUCAGGAAAUUUGGAAGGGAACUUGCAGCACCGUAUCGCCGCUGCCUGGCUAAAGUGGCGUGAAGUGACGGGUGUUACCUGCGACCGGAGGAUGCCUGUGAAGCUUAAAGACCUUGUCUAUAAAAGCAUAAUAAGACCAGUUCUAACUUAUGGGAGUGAAACGUGGGCUAUGAAGCAGGAACAUGUCCGGUCUGUCCAAGUCACAGAAAUGAAGAUGCUUCGGUGGAUGUGCGGAGUAACGAGGCUCGACAGGAUACGCAAUGAACAUGUUCGCGGUAGCCUCGGAGUACGUGAUAUCGCCGAUAAGCUACAAGAAAGUCGACUGAGAUGGUAUGGACACGUGAAAAGAAGGCCUCCUGAGUACAUAGGAAACGUUGCUAUGGAUCUGAGCAUUGCUGGGUCCCGAGGAAGAGGAAGACCGAAGAUGAGAUGGGCAGAUACCAUAGCAAAAGACAUGAGAGCCUGCGACGUUUCAGUCGACGACACGUCCGAUCGUGCGAAGUGGAAGGAAAGGACAUGA